UUCCGGAUUUCAGUUCGUUAAACCUAGGUCCUGCCAUCGUCCUAAAUGGCCACUGAAAGGGACAAACGCACACAAGCGGAGACUUCAGGCUACACUCCUGCGCAUGUGCAGUGACCCGAACGGAGACGCCGGGGCGUGGCCUGAACGCGGAGGUUCCGUGCGUGCGCUCAGCCCGCCAGGUGCCACCACGGCCGGGAGGCGUCUGGAGUAUGUCAGCCCCGUUUGAGGAGCGCAGUGGGGUGGUUCCGUGCGGAACGCCGUGGGGCCAGUGGUACCAGACCUUGGAGGAGGUGUUCAUUGAAGUUCAGGUGCCGCCAGGCACUCGCGCCCAGGAUAUCCAGUGCGUCCUGCAGAGCCGGCAUGUGGCGCUGGCCGUGGGGGGCCGAGUGAUCCUCAAGGGAAAACUCUUUGAUUCUACUAUAGCUGAUGAGGGAACGUGGACUCUGGAGGAUAGAAAAAUGGUCCGUAUUGUUCUUACAAAGACGAAGAGAGAUGCAGCAAAUUGUUGGACUUCUCUUCUAGAAUCUGAAUAUGCAGCUGAUCCUUGGGUGCAAGACCAAAUGCAGAGAAAACUUACAUUAGAGAGAUUCCAGAAAGAAAAUCCUGGUUUUGACUUCAGUGGAGCAGAAAUCUCAGGAAACUACACUAAAGGUGGACCAGAUUUCUCAAAUCUUGAGAAGUAACUGCGACCUGCUUGCUGCGUUUUGUGGAUCCUAGCAGAUGUUGCCAACUUAAUCAAAGGAACAGAUUAUGUGGUGGAGGAAAAAUGUGGAUGCCUACAGUUAACAAAUGGCAAAAUAUAUUUAAAUAUGGUUCUAAAAAUUGCAUUCAAAUAUGAUUUACAUAGGAAACAUCUUAAAUACUGUGGGAACUAGUCUACUGAUAUACGGUAACUUUUUCUUUGGACUUAUUUUUUGCUCAGCAUGAAGUUUUAUAUGCUGUGUUUUACUAAUUUCAUAUUUAAUGUGUAUUUUUAAUACAAAAAACUUUAGGGUAUAGAUCAUGUGAAAUGACAGGGUGCCUUCAGGGAAAAUUAAAUUUUUCUUUCAAUAAGUGUGACGCAGGAAUAAUGUUCAAUAAACUUUUCUAAAUAGGAA